AUGGUUGGAAAAAAGAGGAUCCCCAGCCCGGAUCAGCUCCGCGACUACAAUUAUGCCGUUGCUGGACAUGCGGGUACCCUGUGCGACGCCGAUGGAGAGCUCUUCAUCAAGCCGUGCACCCAGACGGAGAUCGACUUCUAUCAAGAAGUAGAGACAAAAGGCUACCGCGACUUCGCCGAGAUCAUGCCCCUUUACAUGGGCGAAUUGCAGCUGAGCAGCACCGACGACGUACCUCUUCAGGACGCGCUCAUGGGCGUCAUCUCCGGCGACGGCGACUUCAAGACCACCAAAGAACAGAUUGCCGCGACGAUAGCGGAGGCCGUGGACCAGACAACAUGGGUCCCUACCCAGGGCAAAAAGAUCAAGACGGACAAGUCGGUCGUGCUGGAGAAUGCCUCAUAUGGCUACAAGAAGGCAAACAUCCUCGACGUCAAAUUGGGCGUGCGCCUUUGGGCCGACGACGCCCCCGCCGAGAAGAAGACGCGCUUCGACACCAUCAGCUCGCAGACGACACACGGCAAGCUGGGCUUCCGCAUUUCGGGCAUGCGAGUAUAUCAAGGCUCGGAGGAUGAGUCAACAUUGGAUGAGGAAGGCUACAAGAUCUACGACAAAGACUUUGGGCGUCUAUCUGUCAACAAUGAUAACGUUGUCGAUGCAUUCCGAAAAUUCAUUUUCAACAAGGCUGCCGGCGUUCAUACAGCGCUUGGCAGGGCUGUGUGCUCAGCCUUUGUCCGAGACUUGCAGCGAAUUGAAGAGGUUCUGACAAGCCACGAGACCCGCAUGUACUCUUCAUCCCUUCUGUUCAUCUUCGAGGGCGACGGCGCGGCGCUCGACGCUGCUAUUGAAAAGAACAAUGAAAUCAUGGACCGUCAGUCGGCUGAGUCAUAUACGUGCCCGCCAGUGUCGCGCACAAACAUGAGCUUGGACAGCAGAAUGGACAGCGGCAUCGCUUUGGAACCCGAAGACGAUUACGACUAUGAAGACAACGACGAGGAUGACGACGAACUUCGACUGCCCCAGAUCUACACUCUCAAGCUUAUUGAUUUUGCCCAUGCAAACUUUACUCCUAACCAAGGGCCCGACGAAAACGUCCUCCUGGGAGUCAGGAGUCUUUUACGAAUUUUCAAAGAGAUGGCUGGCGAAGAUGACUAG